AUGCUUGAUUGCUCUGAUGACCAACAGGCUUUGUGUAUGUAUGGUGGCAGUUUUAACUUUUUCCUGAAGGAGGACACCAAAACCAGAACUGUGGAGGAGCUCACAGGAGACACUUUCUUCAGUCUGAGCAGAGGACAAACACACAGAGACAGACAGACCAAGAAGAAGAUGGAGCGAUGUUUGACACUCAUUUUACUCUUCUUUGCAGUCUCUAUAACCACAUCUGAUUUUGAGCACGUAAGGCUGGUUGGUGGAAACAGUCCCUGCAGUGGUCGAGUGGAAGUUUAUCAUAAUAGUCAGUGGGGAACAGUGUGCUACAGGAACUGGCGUAAGAUUGAAGCUGCAGUGGUGUGUAGAGAACUGGGAUGUGGAGAGGCUGUAAAAGCUCUGAUGCGUCAUAAAUUUGGACAAGGAUCAGGACCAAUCUGGAUGGAUAAUGUGCAUUGCAAUGGAUCAGAAUCAACACUGAAAAACUGUAGAUCAUAUGGAUGGGGUAAUCAUGGCUGUGGUCAUGAACAUGAUGCUGGAGUGAAAUGCUUAGAAACUUUCAAUUACGGAAGAUCAAGACUUGUGGAUGGGUCUCUGUGCUCCGGGAGAGUGGAGAUGCUUCUUGUUGGUGGCUGGGCUUCAGUGUGUGAUGCUGCCUUUGACCAGCAGGAUGCAGAGGUUGUGUGUAGAGAGCUGGACUGUGGGGCUCCUGCUCAGGUGCUGAAAGCAGCUGCUUUUGGUAAAGGAGACGCUCAGAUGUGGACACAAGAGAUUCACUGCAGAGGAAAUGAAUCAAACAUUCGCCACUGUUCAUCGUCAACUUACACUUCCAGUAAUAAUAUAAACUGCACCCAUGACAAUGAUGUGGGACUGAUAUGUUCUGGUUACACAGAUCUUAGGCUGGUGAAUAGUACUGACUCCUGUUCUGGUCGAGUUGAACGUCAGUACUACAGUAAAUGGGGCACAGUGUGUGAUGCAUGCUGGGAUAUGAGAGCUGCCAGUGUCCUCUGUAAACAGCUGAAUUGUGGGAUUGCUGUGUCUGUUGUGGGAUCAGACUGGUUUGGAGAGGGAAGUGGUGAAAUCUGGGCUGAUGUGUUUGAUUGUGACGGGAAUGAAACAAAACUCUCCGAAUGUUCAAUCUCUUCAUGGAGUCGAGCUGAACGUUCUCAUAGACAAGAUGUUGGAGUCAUCUGCUCUAGUAGUGAAGCUCAUCUGGGGAACUGCAGCUCUCAAGAAACUCUCAACUGCAGCUCCACACAACAGCUGUCGAUCACGAACUUUGGUGAGAAAAAAAAUCUCCUCAGGUUUUUUAGCCACGGGUCCAUCAGGCUGGUGGGUUCUGGGGGAGACUGUGCAGGGAGGCUGGAGGUUUUUCACAGCGGCUCAUGGGGGACAGUGUGUGACGACUCCUGGGAUAUUAAAGAUGCCCAUGUGGUGUGCAGACAGCUGCAGUGUGGAGUGGCCCUCAGUAACCAGCAGGUACCAGCCUGGUUUGGUCCUGGUUCUGGACCCAUAUGGCUGGAUGAGGUGGAGUGUGAGGGGAAUGAGACGUCCCUGUGGAGCUGCUCUUCUCCAGGCUGGGGAAAACAUGACUGCGUACACAAGGAGGAUGUAGGAGUCGUCUGCUCUGAGUUUAAAGAGAUCAGGUUAACUGAAGGUUGUAAAGGGAAUCUGGAGGUUUUCUACAAUGGAUCCUGGGGAAAUGUGUGUUACAACAAGAUGGACAGAGACACAGCGAGUCUAAUCUGUCAGGAGCUGAACUGUGGAAGAUCAGGCAGUGAACCCACUUAUUCAAAAGGACUAAAGUCUCAUAAUUGGCUCGAUAAACUUCAAUGUCGAAGAUAUGAUUCCUCUUUAUGGCAGUGUCCAUCUGCAGCCUGGGGACAGAACGACUGUGAUAAUGAAGUGGCCGAUAUCACCUGCUCAAGUAAUAUUUUUUACUUAUUUAAAAUGAUUUGAAAUGGUCAAACCCUUGAGUCUCCUCGAAGUCUUCUGACAUGUUUCACCUCACCAUCUUCACACCAGAGAAAGUGUUCAACUCAUUUUCCUCUCAGACUGGAAAAAGGUCGUGGAGGGGACGGCCGGUGCUCUGGGAGGCUGGAGGUGUACCAUGACGGUGUGUGGGGCUCAGUCUGUGAUGAUCUCUGGGACAUCAGCGAUGCUCAGGUGGUCUGCAGGCAGCUGGGUUGUGGAGCAGCACUGAGGGCUGAUAGGAAUUCAGCCUUUGGUGCUGGUGAAGGUGUUGUGUGGCUAAACAGAGUCCAGUGCAGAGGGAAUGAGCUUCACCUGUGGGACUGUCCUCUCUCCCUGAACAGCCACACUAACUGCUCCCACAAAGAGCAUGCUGGACUCACCUGUGCAGCAAACGUGAGGCUGGUUGGUGGUAAUGAUGCCUGUGCUGGUAGAUUAGAGGUUUAUCAUAAUGGAGAAUGGGGAACCGUCUGUGAUGAUUAUUGGAGUUUGACAAACACUGCAGUGGUGUGCAGAGAACUGAACUGCAGCUAUUCUUCAGAUACAAUGCAUGCUGUUCACUUUGGAUCUGGAUCAGGACAGAUUUGGAUGGACGAUGUGGUCUGCAGUGGAUCAGAGCCCUCAAUACUCAACUGUAGUAGCGAUAGAAUGGGUACCCAUAACUGUGAGCCUAAUGAAAUGGUUGGAAUUAUCUGCUCAGGAGUCCGUCUGGUAGGAGGUUCUCGCUGCUCUGGGAGGUUAGAGAUCCUUCAUGAUCAGACGUGGAUGUCAGUGUGUGAUGCUGCCUUUGACCAGCAGGAUGCAAAGGUUGUGUGUAGAGAGCUGGACUGUGGGGCUCCUGUACAGGUGACUUUUGACAAAGGAGACGCUCAGAUGUGGACUCAAGAGAUUCACUGCAGAGGAGAGGAGUAUCAGUUUGCUCUCUGUGCAACGUCACCUUCACACUCUUGUACUCAUAGCAGCAGUGUGAGCAUUGUGUGUGCUGGUAGACUGGUUGGGGGAUCUCACUGUUAUGGCAGAGUAGAAGUACCUCACAAUCAGACGUGGAUGUCAGUGUGUGACACUGCCUUUGACCAGCAGGAUGCAAAGGUUGUGUGUAGAGAGCUGGACUGUGGGGCUCCUGUACAGGUGCUGAGAGCAGCUGCUUUUGAUAAAGGAGAUGCUCAGAUGUGGACACGAGAGAUUCACUGCAGAGGAGACGAGUCUUAUAUAUCUUUCUGUCCAACAUCUUCUCUCAUACACAAUUGUACUCAUGACAUUGGAUUGUUAUGUUCUGGUUACACUGACUUCAGACUGGUCAAUGGUCCUGACUCCUGUUCUGGGAGAGUGGAGCUUCGGUAUCUCAACUCGUCUCUGGCUCUUCAUGAGGGUCUGGUGCGGUUGUCUGGAGAGAGACAGUGUGAGGGGCAGGUGGAAGUUUUUAUCCAGCAGGUCUGGAGGAAGGUUCUGCUGGACUCCUGGAGUCUCACUGAAUCUUCUGUGGUCUGCAGACAGCUGGGCUGUGGCUCUGUGUUCAACUUCUCCGGCUCCUCUUCAUCCAGUCCUGAACACAGUCAUGAGUGUGUGAUGGGCUUCCAGUGCUCUGGGAAUGAAGCUCAUCUGGGGAACUGCAGCUCUCCACAAACUCUCAACUGCAGCUCCACACAACAGCUGUCGAUCACCUGCCUUGGUGAGAACAACAACAUCCGCGGGUCCAUCAGGCUGGUGGGUUCUGGGGGAGACUGUGCAGGGAGGCUGGAGGUUUUUCACAGCGGCUCAUGGGGGACAGUGUGUGACGACUCCUGGGAUAUUAAAGAUGCCCAUGUGGUGUGCAGACAGCUGCAGUGCGGAGUGGCCCUCAGUAACCAGCAGGUACCAGCCUGGUUUGGUCCUGGUUCUGGACCCAUAUGGCUGGAUGAGGUGGAGUGUAAGGGGAAUGAGACGUCCCUGUGGAGCUGCUCUUCUCCAGGCUGGGGAAAACAUGACUGUGGACACAAGGAGGAUGUAGGAGUUGUUUGCUCUGAGUUUAAAGAGAUCAGGUUAACUGAGGGCUGUGAAGGGAAUGUGGUGGUUUUCUACAAUGGAUCCUGGGGAAAUGUGUGCUGGAAUCAGAUGGACAGAGACACAGCGAGUCUGAUCUGUCAAGAGCUGAACUGUGGAAGAUCUGGCAGUGAACCCAGUCAUUCAAAAAGACAGAAGUCUCUUAAUUGGCUCGAUAAACUUAAAUGUAGGCGACAUGAUUCCACUUUAUGGCAGUGUCCAUCUGAACCCUGGGGACAGAAUGACUGUAAUAAUGGUGAGGUCGCAACAAUCACCUGCUCAGGUAAAAUGAUAUUAAUCUCCACGGAGUCUUCUUACAUGUUCUACCUCCCAUCUCCACACCAGAGACAGUGUUCAACUCAUGUUCCUCUCAGACUGCGUGGAGGGGACGGCCGGUGCUCUGGGAGGCUGGAGGUGUAUCAUAACGCUGUGUGGGGCUCAGUCUGUGAUGAUCUCUGGAACAUCAGCGAUGCUCAGGUGGUCUGCAGGCAGCUGGGUUGUGGAGCAGCACUGAGGGCUGAUGGGAAUUCAGCCUUUGGUGCUGGUGAAGGUGCUGUGUGGCUGAACAGAGUCCAGUGCAGAGGGAAUGAGCUUCACCUGUGGGACUGUCAGUUCUCAUUGAAGAACCACACUGACUGCUCCCACAAAGAGCACGCUGGACUCACCUGUGCAGUUUUGCCAGAUUUGCCUGGUGUCCCAGGGUCCACACCUCCUGCCAAAACAACAUCAGCUUCAGGUCAAGUUUCAACACAAGUCCCUCAUCCAGAAACUCUCCCAGUCCCCCCAGUGCUGGUGAUUGUACUGGGAGUUGUGCUCUUACUGCUCUUAGUGCCGCUGCUUAUACUGAUUCAGCAGAACAGAGUGAAGAGGAGAGCUCUCUCUAAGAGUAGACACAGGACCACCACUGAGGCUGUUUAUGAGGAGAUUCAGGACACACACAAAAACUUCACUCACAGGGGAAGUCUGCUUUCGAUAAAACAGCAUUCUGAAUAUGAGGAUGUUAAGAAGUUUCCUUCAGAGGGAGAUCUGGAGGAGUAUGAUGAUGUGAGGACUCUCGAUGAUGACUUAUUCGAUUUUGAGACUGUGAGGUUGGUUGGUGGUAACAGCCCCUGCAGGGGGACUGUGGAGGUUGUUCAUGAUGGUCAAUGGGGAACUGUGUGUGAUGAUGAAUGGGAUAUGACUGAUGCUGCAGUAGUGUGUAGAGAACUGGACUGUGGAGAUGCAAUAGAGGCCUUGAGUCUUGCUCGCUUUGGACAAGGAUCGGGACCAAUCUGGAUGGAUGAAGUGGCCUGUAGUGGAUCAGAGUCAACACUGAAAAACUGUAGUUCAGAAGGAUGGGGUGAACAUGACUGUGGUCAUGGGGAAGAUGCUGGAGUCAUCUGCUCAGGCAAGCCUCUUAGCAUAGAGCUUUCUCCAAAACUUGUUAAUGGAUCUCACUUGUGCUCUGGAAGACUAGAGGUUCUUCAUGGGAACAAAUGGCACACAAUGUGUGACGUUGGCUUUGACCAUCAGGAUGCAGAGGUUGUGUGUAGAGAGCUGGACUGUGGGGCUCCUGUACAGGUGCUGAGAGCUGCUGAUUUUGGUAAAGGAGAUGCUCAGAUGUGGACACAAGAGAUUCACUGCAGAGGAAAUGAGUCCUAUAUAUCUUUCUGUUCAACAUCUUCUCUUAAACAAAAGUGUACUCAUGAAAAAUACAUUGGACUGUUAUGUUCUGGUUACACUCAUGCCAGACUAGUGAAUGGUCCUGACUCCUGUUCUGGUCGAGUUGAACAUCAGUAUCUCAGUAAAUGGGGCACAGUGUGUGAUGCAUGCUGGGAUAUGAGAGCUGCCAGUGUCCUCUGUAAACAGCUGAAUUGUGGGAUUGCUGUGUCUGUUGUGGGAUCAGACUGGUUUGGAGAGGGAAGUGGUGAAAUCUGGGCUGAUGUGUUUGAUUGUGACGGGAAUGAAACAAAACUCUCCGAAUGUUCAAUCUCUUCAUGGAGUCGAGCUGAACGUUCUCAUAGACGAGAUGUUGGAGUCAUCUGCUCUUACUCGUCUCUGGCUCUUCAUGAGGGUCUGGUGCGGUUGUCUGGAGAGAGACAGUGUGAGGGGCAGGUGGAAGUUUUGAUCCAGCAGGUCUGGAGGAAGGUUCUGCUGGACUCCUGGAGUCUCACUGAAUCCUCUGUGGUCUGCAGACAGCUGGGCUGUGGCUCUGUGCUCAACUUCUCGGGCUCCUCUUCAUCCAGUCCUGAACACAGUCAUGAGUGUGUGAUGGGCUUCCAGUGCUCUGGGAGUGAAGCUCAUCUGGGGAACUGCAGCUCUCCACAAACUCUCAACUGCAGCUCCACACAACAGCUGUCGAUCACCUGCCUUGGUGAGAACAACAACAUCCGCGGGUCCAUCAGGCUGGUGGGUUCUGGGGGAGACUGUGCAGGGAGGCUGGAGGUUUUUCACAGCGGCUCAUGGGGGACAGUGUGUGACGACUCCUGGGAUAUUAAAGAUGCCCAUGUGGUGUGCAGACAGCUGCAGUGUGGAGUGGCCCUCGGUAACCAGCAGGUACCAGCCUGGUUUGGUCCUGGUUCUGGACCCAUAUGGCUGGAUGAGGUGGAGUGUGAGGGGAAUGAGACGUCCCUGUGGAGCUGCUCUUCUCCAGGCUGGGGAAAACAUGACUGCGUACACAAGGAGGAUGUAGGAGUCAUCUGCUCUGAGUUUAAAGAGAUCAGGUUAACUGAGGGGUGUAAAGGGAAUGUGGAGGUUUUCUACAAUGGAUCUUGGGGAAAUGUGUGCUGGAAUCAGAUGGACAGAGACACAGCGAGUCUGAUCUGUCAAGAGCUGAACUGUGGAAGAUCUGGAGUUUUGUCUGAUUCUACAUCAAGACUGAAAUCAGCUCCUAACUGGCUUGAUAAAGUUAAAUGUCGACUACAUGACUCUACUUUAUGGCAUUGUCCAUCUCCACCCUGGGGUCAAAACUACUGUGAUGAAGAUGAAGUGGCUAAUGUUACUUGCUCAGCUCAUGUUCCUCUCAGACUGCGUGGAGGGGACGGCCGGUGCUCUGGGAGGCUGGAGGUGUAUCAUAACGCUGUGUGGGGCUCAGUCUGUGAUGAUCUCUGGGACAUCAGCGAUGCUCAGGUGGUCUGCAGGCAGCUGGGUUGUGGAGCAGCACUGAGGGCUGAUAGGAAUUCAGCCUUUGGUGCUGGUGAAGGUGUUGUGUGGCUGAACAGUGUCCAGUGCAGAGGGAAUGAGCUUCACCUGUGGGACUGUCCUCUCUCCCUGAACAACCACACUGACUGCUCCCACAAAGAGCACGCUGGACUCACCUGUGCAGAUUUGUCAGUGUCCACUACUCCUGCCACAUCAGCAUCAUCUUCUGCUGCAGUUUCUCAGACAGUGAGCUCAACAUCAGUCUCUUCUCCACAAACUCGUCCAGAAACUCUCCCAGUCCCCCCAGUGCUGCUGAUUGUACUGGGAGUUGUGCUCUUACUGCUCUUAGUGCCGCUGCUUAUACUGAUUCAGCAGAACAGAGUGAUGAGGAGAGCUCUCUCUAAGAGGAGACACAGGACCACCACUGAGGCCAUUUAUGAGGAGAUCCAGCACAAACACAAAGACUUCACACACAGGGGGAGAUUCAAUUCUGAAGAACUGCAUUCUGGGUAUGAAGAUGCAGACGAGUUUCUCUCAGAAGACAGACCUGAGAGCUAUGAUGAUGUCAUGACGAGUGAACAGACCCCUCAUGUGAAUGUGAGGUUGGUUGGUGGUCACAGUCGCUGUGCUGGUCGAGUGGAAGUUUUUCAUAGAGGUCAGUGGGGAACAGUGGGUGGUCGUUUCUGGGAUAUGGCUGAUGCUGCAGUGGUGUGUAGAGAACUGGGCUGUGGAGAACCUGUAGAUGCUCUGGGUGACGCUCACUUUGGACCAGGAUCAGGAACGAUCUGGAUGAGUAAUACUAUUUGUAGGGGAACAGAAUCCAGCCUGAAGAACUGUGGGUCUGUAGGAUGGGGUAAACAUUACAGUGGCCAUAAUGAAGAUGCUGGAGUCAUCUGCUCAGAAGUCAGGCUGGUUGGAGGUUCUCGCUGCUCUGGGAGGUUGGAGAUCCUUCAUGAUCAGACGUGGAUGUCAGUGUGUGAUGCUGCCUUUGACCAGCAGGAUGCAGAGGUUGUGUGUAGAGAGCUGGACUGUGGGGCUCCUGUACAGGUGCUGAGAGCAGCUGCUUUUGACAGAAAAAACACUCAGAUGUGGACACAAGAGAUUCAUUGCAGAGGAAAUGAGUCUCAGAUUCACCUCUGCCCAACAUCACACACACACAGCUGUUUACAUGGGCACACAGUUGAACUUCUGUGUAAUGACUUAAUAAACGUGAGGUUGGUUGGUGGUCACAGUCGCUGUGCUGGUCGAGUGGAGGUUCAUCAUAGAGGUCAGUGGGGAACAGUGUGUGAUGAUGGUUGGGAUAUGGCUGAUGCUGCAGUGGUGUGUAGAGAACUGGACUGUGGAGAACCCAUAGAUGCUCUGGGUGAUGCUCAUUUUGGACCAGGAUCAGGACCAAUAUGGAUGAACAGCUUGAUCUGCUCUGAGUUUGAGUCCAAACUGAAGAACUGUGGAGCAGAGGGAUGGGGAAAGCACAGCAAAUGUAACCAUGACAAAGACACUGGCGUCAUCUGCUCAGAGGUUAGGCUGGUUGGAGGUUCUCGCUGCUCUGGGAGGUUGGAGAUUCUUCAUAAUCAGAUGUGGAUGUCAGUGUGUGACACUGCCUUUGACCAGCAGGAUGCAGAGGUUGCGUGUAGAGAGCUGGACUGUGGGGCUCCUGUACAGGUGCUGAGAGCAGCUGCUUUUGACAAAGGAGACACUCAGAUGUGGACACAAGAGAUUCACUGCAGAGGAGAUGAGUCUCAGAUCCACCUCUGUCCAUUUACAUCAAAUGAAACCUCUUGUUCUCAUGACAGGAGUGUUGGACUUGUGUGCACACGUAGGUUGGUUGGUGGUCACAGCCCCUGUGCUGGUCGAGUAGAGGUUCAUCACAGAGGUCAGUGGGGAACAGUGUGUGAUAUUGGCUGGGAUAUGGCUGAUGCUGCAGUGGUGUGUAGAGAACUGGGAUGUGGAAAACCUGUAGAUGUUCUGGGUGAUGCUUCUUUUGGACCAGGAUCAGGACCAGUCUGGAUUUCAGGCUCAUUAUGUACUGGAUCAGAAUCAACACUGAAGGAUUGUGGAUCAAUAAAAAUGAACAUUUAUGACUGUAAUCAUGACAAAGAUGCUGGAGUAAUCUGCUCAGAUGUUAGGCUGGUUGGAGGUUCUCGCUGCUCUGGGAGGUUAGAGAUCCUUCAUGAUCAGACGUGGAUGUCAGUGUGUGAUGCUGCCUUUGACCAGCAGGAUGCAGAGGUGUGUAGAGAGCUGGACUGUGGGGCUCCUGUACAGGUGCUGAGAGCAGCUGCUUUUGACAAAGGAGACGCUCAAAUGUGGACACAAGAGAUUCACUGCAGAGGAAAUGAGUCUCAGAUUCACCUCUGCCCAUCAUCCUCACAUCCUCACAACUGCACCCAUGAUAAUGAUGAAGGGCUACUUUGUGCCGAUGCGAUGAAUGUAAAACUGGUAAAUGGUAAAAGCCCCUGUGCUGGUCGAGUGGAGAUUCUUCAUAGAGGUCAGUGGGGAACAGUGUGUGGGGAUUUCUGGGAUAUGGCUGAUGCUGCAGUGGUGUGUAGAGAACUGGACUGUGGAGAACCUGUAGAUGCUCUGGGUGAUGCUCAUUUUGGUCAAGGGUCAGGACCUGUCUUGAUGAUUGUUACAUUAUGUGGUGGAUCAGAAUCGGCCCUGAAGGACUGUGGCUCAUUUGGGGCAGGCAGAAUUGACUGUGAUCAUACAAAAGAUGCUGGAGUCAUCUGCUCAGAUCAUAAACUAUCUAGACUUGUUAAUGGAUCUCACUUAUGCUCCGGGAUGUUGGAGAUCCUUCAUGAUCAGACAUGGAUGUCAGUGUGUGAUGCUGCCUUUGACCAGCAGGAUGCAGAGGUUGUGUGUAGAGAGCUGGACUGUGGGGCUCCUGUACAGGUGCUGAGAGCAGCUGCUUUUGACAAAGGAGACACUCAGAUGUGGACACAAGAGAUUCACUGCAGAGGAAAUGAGUCUCAUACUUCUGUCUGUCCAACAUCUCUCAAAUACAACUGUACCAGUGGCCGCAUACUUGGACUGAUAUGCUCUGGUUACACUGAUCUCCAACUGGUAAAUGGUUCAGACUCUUGUUCUGGAAGAGUGGAGCUUCAGUAUCUCAGUAAAUGGGGUAUGUGUGAUGCAUGCUGGGAUAUGAGAGCUGCCAGUGUCCUCUGUAAACAGCUGAAUUGUGGGAUUGCUGUGUCUGUUGUGGGAUCAGACUGGUUUGGAGAGGGAAGUGGUGAAAUCUGGGCUGAUGUGUUUGAUUGUGACGGGAAUGAAAAACUCUCCGAAUGUUCAAUCUCUUCAUGGAGUCGAGCUGAACGUUCUCAUAGACGAGAUGUUGGAGUCAUCUGCUCUAACUCGUCUCUGGCUCUUCAUGAGGGUCUGGUGCGGUUGUGAGAGAGACAGUGUGAGGGGCAGGUGGAAGUUUUGAUCCAGCAGGUCUGGAGGAAGGUUCUGCUGGACUCCUGGAGUCUCACUGAAUCCUCUGUGGUCUGCAGACAGCUGGGCUGUGGCUCUGUGCUCAACUUCUCGGGCUCCUCUUCAUCCAGUCCUGAACACAGUCAUGAGUGUGUGAUGGGCUUCCAGUGCUCUGGGAAUGAAGCUCAUCUGGGGAACUGCAGCUCUCCACAAACUCUCAACUGCAGCUCCACACAACAGCUGUCGAUCACCUGCCUUGGUGAGAACAACAACAUCCGCGGGUCCAUCAGGCUGGUGGGUUCUGGGGGAGACUGUGCAGGGAGGCUGGAGGUUUUUCACAGCGGUUCAUGGGGGACAGUGUGUGACGACUCCUGGGAUAUUAAAGAUGCCCAUGUGGUGUGCAGACAGCUGCAGUGUGGAGUGGCCCUCAGUAACCAGCAGGUACCAGCCUGGUUUGGUCCUGGUUCUGGACCCAUAUGGCUGGAUGAGGUGGAGUGUGAGGGGAAUGAGACAUCCCUGUGGAGCUGCUCUUCUCCAGGCUGGGGAAAACAUGACUGUCUACACAAGGAGGACGUUGGAGUCGUCUGUUCUGAGUUUAAAGAGAUCAGGUUAACUGAGGGCUGUAAAGGGAAUCUGGAGGUUUUCUACAAUGGAUCCUGGGGAAAUGUGUGCUGGAAUCAGAUGGAAACUGACACAGCAAGUGUGAUCUGUCAAGAGCUGAACUGUGGAAGAUCUGGUGCUUUGUCUGUUUCUACAUCAAAACUGAAAUCAGCUCCUAACUGGCUGGAUGAAGUCAAAUGUCGACCACAUGACUCUACUUUUUGGCAAUGUCCAUCGUCACCCUUGGGAUACAACAACUGUAAUGAAGAUGAAGUGGCCAAAAUCAGCUGCUUAGCUCAUGUUCCUCUCAGACUGCGUGGAGGGGACGGUCGGUGCUCUGGGAGGCUGGAGGUGUAUCAUAACGCUGUGUGGGGCUCAGUCUGUAAUGAUCUCUGGGACAUCAGCGAUGCUCAGGUGGUCUGCAGGCAGCUGGGUUGUGGAGCAGCACUGAGGGCUGAUGGGAAUUCAGCCUUUGGUGCUGGUGAAGGUGCUGUGUGGCUGAACAGAGUCCAGUGCAGAGGGAAUGAGCUACACCUGUGGGACUGUCCUCUCUCCCUGAACAACCACACUGACUGCUCCCACAAAGAGCACGCUGGACUCACCUGUGCAGGUCACUGAAAAACACUGAGGAUUGUAAAUGGGAACAGUCGCUGUGCUGGUCGAGUGGAAGUUCUUCAUAGAGGUCAGUGGGGAACAGUGUGUGAUGAUUGGUGGGAUUUGGCUGAUGCUGCAGUGGUGUGUAGAGAACUGGACUGUGGAGAACCUGUAGAUGCUCUGGGUGAUGCUCACUUUGGACGAGGAUCAGGACUAAUCUGGAUGAGUUAUGCCGUGUGCACUGGAUCAGAGUCUACACUGAAGAACUGUGGCUCCACAGGAUGGGCUAAAAAUAGCUGUGAUCAUAGUAAAGAUGCUGGAGUCAUAUGUUCAGGUAAACUUCUCAUCCCUAAAUAAUAAAUGAAGGUCAGGCUUGUUGGUGAUUCUCGCUGCUCUGGGAGGUUAGAGAUCCUUCAUGAGCAGACGUGGAUGUCAGUGUGUGAUGCUGCCUUUGACCAGCAGGAUGCAGAGGUUGUGUGUAGAGAGCUGGACUGUGGGGCUCCUGUACAGGUGCUGAGAGCAGCUGCUUUUGACAAAGGAGACGCUCAGAUGUGGACACAAGAGAUUCACUGCAGAGGAAAUGAGUCUCAGAUUCACCUCUGUCCAACGUCACCAUUAUAUAAAAUCAAUUGUUCUCAUGACAGCUAUACUGAACUUGUUUGUGCAGAAAGUGUGAAUGUGAGACUUGUAAAUGGUAUCAGUCCCUGUGCUGGUCGAGUGGAGGUCUUUCAUAGAGGUCAGUGGGGAACGGUGUGUGAAGAUGACUGGGAUAUGGCUGAUGCUGCAGUGGUGUGUAGAGAACUGGGCUGUGGAGAACCUGUAGAUGCUCUGGGUGAUGCUCACUUUGGACCAGGAUCAGGACCAGUAUGGAUGAGUUAUGUUGUGUGCACUGGAUCAGAGUCUACACUGAAGAACUGUGGGUCUGUAGGAUGGGGUACAAGCACAUGUAAACGUAAUGGCGAAGCUGGAGUCAUCUGCUCAGAAGUCAGGCUGGUUGGAGGUUCUCGCUGCUCUGGGAGGUUAGAGAUCCUUCAUGAGCAGACAUGGAUGUCAGUGUGUGACGCUGCCUUUGACCAGCAGGAUGCAGAGGUUGUGUGUAGAGCUGGACUGUGGGGCUCCUGUGGAGGCGUGGGAGCUGCUUUUGACAAAGAAGACGCUCAGAUGUGGACACAAGAGAUUCAUUGCAGAGGAAAUGAGUCUCAGAUUCACCUCUGUCCAUUUAUGUUAUCAUCAUCAUCAUCAUCAUCAUCAUCAUCAUCACAUGAAAACAAUUGUUUUCAUGAAGACAAUACAGAACUUGUGUGUGCAGAAAGUGUAAAUGUGAGACUUAUAAAUAGUACCAGUCGCUGUGCUGGUCGAGUGGAAGUUUUUCAUAGAGGUCAGUGGGGAACAGUGUGUGAUGCUGGCUGGGAUAUGGCUGAUGCUGCAGUGGUGUGUAGAGAACUGGACUGUGGAGAACCUGUAGAUGCUCUGGGUGAUGCCUAUUUUGGGGAAGGAUCAGGACCAAUCUGGAUGGAUGUUUUAUGUACUGGAUCAGAGUCUACCCUGAAGACCUGUGGGUCAUCAGGAUGGGAGAAACAUAACUGUGAUCAUAGUGGUGAUGCUAUAGUCAUCUGCUCAGAGGUCAGGCUGGUCGGAGGUUCUCGCUGCUCUGGGAGGUUAGAGAUCCUUCAUGAUCAGACGUGGAUGUCAGUGUGUGACGCUGCCUUUGACCAGCAGGAUGCAGAGGUUGUGUGUAGAGAGCUGGACUGUGGGGCUCCUGUACAGGUGCUGAGAGCAGCUGCUUUUGACAAAGGAGACGCUCAGAUGUGGACACAAGAGAUUCACUGCAGAGGAAAUGAGUCUCAGAUUCACCUCUGUCCAACAUCAACAUUAUAUGAAAACAAUUGUACUCACAACGACAGUGUUAGACUGUUUUAUGCAAGGAAUGUGAGGUUGGUUGAUGGUAACAGUCCCUGUGCUGGUCGAGUGGAGGUUCUUCAUAGAGGUCAGUGGGGAACAGUGUGUGAGGAUGACUGGGAUAUGGCUGAUGCUGCAGUGGUGUGUAGAGAACUGGGAUGUGGGAAAUCCAUAGAUGCUCGUGGCGCUCAUUUUGGACCAGGAUCAGGACCAGUCUGGAUGAAUACUUUAAGUUGUUAUGGGAUGGAAUCUACAUUAAAAAGCUGUGGAGCAGCAGGAUGUGGCCGACACACCUGUGGUCAUAAUGAUGAUGCUGGAGUCAUCUGCUUAGAUCAUAAACAGUCCAGACUUAUUGAGGGAUCUCAUCUGUGUUCCGGGAGGUUAGAGAUCCUUCAUGAUCAGACGUGGAUGUCAGUGUGUGAUGCUGCCUUUGACCAGCAGGAUGCAGAGGUUGUGUGUAGAGAGCUGGACUGUGGGGCUCCUGUACAGGUGCUGAGAGCAGCUGCUUUUGACAAAGGAGACGCUCAGAUGUGGACACAAGAGAUUCACUGCAGAGGAGACGAGUCUCACAUUUCAUUCUGUUCAAUGUCACAAUCCCACAAAAACAAUUGCACAAAUGCCAGUAGAGUAGGCCUGAUAUGUUCAGCUCUUUAA